AUGGUUCGGUACGCAGCCCACGAGAUCCAGCCGACCAAGUCGGCCCGCGCCCGCGGAUCCUAUCUUCGCGUUUCUUUCAAGAACACUAGGGAAACCGCCCAAGCCAUCAACGGCUGGAAGCUGCAGCGUGCUGUUGCCUUCCUGAACAACGUUCUCGAGAAGAAGGAGGCUGUUCCCUUCCGCCGAUUUUGCGGUAGCAUUGGACGCUGCUCUCAAGGCAAACAGUUUGGUGUCACCCGUGCCCGAUGGCCUGUCAAGUCCGCCCAAUUCCUCCUCGGUCUCCUUAAGAACGCCGAAUCCAACGCCGAUGCCAAGGGCCUCGACUCCAGCAACCUAGUUGUCAAGCACAUCCAGGUUAACCAAGCCCCCAAGCAGCGAAGGCGAACCUACCGCGCCCACGGCCGUAUUAACCCCUACAUGUCGAGCCCCUGCCACAUCGAGCUUAUCCUUACCGAGGGUGAUGAGGCGGUCGAGAAGUCUGAUGCCGUUGUUGCGCAUGGAGAGAGGCUUAACUCGAGGCAGCGUGGCGUCCGCGUCCGAAAGGCUCUCACCGCGGCGUAA